AUGGACCCUCCUAGGGACGAUGGCGCCUCCAGGGACCCUUCCACAGGCGGUGUCCCCCCAGGGACCCUUCCAAGGAGACGGCAGGUUCCCCAGGGACCCUCCCAGGAGCAGCGGCGGACCCAGGGACCGUUCCAGGAGCUGCAGCGCACCAAGGGACCCUCUCAGGGACGGUGGAGCCCCCAAGGACCCUCCCAGGGGGGCGUCGAGAUCACCAGGGAUUACCCAGGGACACUCCCAGGGGUGGCAACAUCCCCAGAGUCUUUCCCAGAGGGCGUCGGAGCCCCCAUGGACACUCCCAGGGACAGUGGCGCCCCCAGAAACCAUCCCAGGGGUGGUGGCGGUCCUAGGGGCCCACUCAGGGGCGAGGGCGCCCCCAGGGACCCUCCCACAGGCGGUAGCACCCCCAUAGACACUUCCAGGGACAGCGGCGCCCCUAGGGACUCUCUAAGUGCCCCUCUCUGUGACGGCGGCACCUGCAAGGACCCUACCACGGACGACGGGCAUGCUUGGGCCCUGCAGCGCUCGCGCUCUCAGAGGCCCUCUCAGGGACCCUCACAGGUGCAGUGGCGCCCCUGGGACCCUCCUAAGGGUGGCGGUGCUUCCAGGGGCUCUCUCAAGGGCGACAGUUCCCCUAGAGGUCCUCCCAGGGAUGAGGGCGUCCUUAGGGACCCUUUCAGAGGCGGUGAGUUCCCCAGGGACCCUCUCAGGGCGGUGGCGCCUCUAUGGUCCCUCCCAGGGACGGCGGCGCUCCCAAAGAAUCUCCUAGGGAAGGCGGUGCCUCCAGGCACCCUUCCAUGGGUGGCCACUCGACCAGGCACCCUUCCAGGAGCGGCGGCGACCUCAGGGACACUUCCAGGGGCAGCGGCGCUUUUAGAGACUAUCUCAGGGACGUCCAAAUGUACCUACAAAUGGAAGAUGGGGUUAAACAAGGAUCCCAAGCCGCUAGUUAAUCCCUGA